AUGGCUGAGAGAAAGUUGAAGAUCAGAGAGAAAAUCAGCCAGAACGAGCCAAAGCUGCCUGACGCAGUUAUUCCAGAGGGCAACGACGACGACGUCGACCUUGAUUUUCCCCCCUACAGUAAUGGGGAAUCGGCUGGUAACCCAAGGAAGAAUGACUCUGAACUUAAAAAGGCAUCGUUGCUUUGCGUUGCGGUGAUAGCUGGAAAGCGCAAUCCAACGGGGCGUCGGAGUCUCUGUCCGAAAGCCGCUUCAAUGGGCGAAAUCGUAGCUGCCUUCAAUGAAGUUCCCUUUCCUCGACGAGAUGUGAAGUUGGGUAUUAUGUCAUUUUUAUCUGCAAAUAAAUACAAAAUUUUACCAGCACGCAUUUUGACUUGGGUGAUAUUCUUUACGUAUGGGUUGAUGUCUGCGCGUUACGAUACUGAUGUCGAAGCCAACGCCCAAAAUCCCAAUGAGCGGGGCGGCUGGGGCCUCAAAAUUGAAUUCAUUCUCUCCUGUGUCGCCUUUGCUGUUGGCUUGGGCAAUGUUUGGCGUUUUCCUUACCUCUGCUUCAAAAAUGGUGGAGGUGCUUUCUUGGUCCCCUAUGUGAUCAUGCUUAUUUGUCUGGGUCUUCCUAUUUUUUUCCUGGAAUUUGCUUUUGGACAGUUUGCCAGUCUGGGUCCCAUCUCUAUUUGGUCGAUCAGUCCACUUUUUAAAGGAGUCGGCUACGCGAUGACCACAGUGUCAUGGUACAUUUCACUCUACUACAACGUCAUCAUUGCCACAGCGUUUUUCUACCUCUUCGCCUCCUUCAACAAACAAUUACCCUGGUCUACUUGUGACAACUGGUGGAACAACAAUUUUACUUGCCAACCCAUUGGCGCGCCUCCGAGUGAUAAUGCUACAUCUCCAGCGGUGGAGUAUUAUAACGGUUUUGAGGAUUUUGGCACUCCUGUGUGGCACAUUACGCUUUGCCUGCUAUUCUCUUGGAUCGUUGUGGUUCUUAGCCUGAUCAAGGGUGUUCAGUCACUUGGAAAGGUAUCCUAUUUCACUGCCAUCUUCCCCUACAUCAUGCUCACAAUUCUCCUGGUCCGAGCGGCUACUCUGGAAGGCUCGCUGGAGGGCGUAAAGUACUACGUAACUCCGGAUUUUUCGCGGUUGAGUGACCCUACUGCAUGGACUGAUGCAGCAACGCAGAUUAUAUUUUCUUUGAGCUGCUGCAACGGUGGUCUAAUUGCGAUGUCAAGCUACAAUAAGUUCAAGAACAACUGCUACAGAGACGCAGUUCUUGUGGCUACAAUCAACUGUCUAACUUCCGUGUUUGCCGGCUUUGUGGUUUUUUCGACACUGGGCUUCAUGGCUAAUGCGAAGGGGCCGGGGUUAGUCUUCAUGGUGUACCCUGAAGCACUGAACCAGAUGCCAGUUCCCGUCCUCUGGUCCAUCCUCUUCUUCAUUAUGCUGGUUUCGCUUGGCUUAGGUAGCGAAUUACCCUACGUCGAAACUGUGCUCUCCGCCUUUCAAGAUGAACUGCGCCGAUACAAUUUGCUCACCACAUGGAAAUCGCAAUUUCUUUUUAGAGUUGUUUUGUGCUCCAUCAACUUCUUAAUUACUCUGCCAAUGGUGUGUCCUGCCGGUGUUUACCUUGUCAACUUGAUGGACAAUGUAAUGUCAGGCUAUCCCGUGCUGAUCAUCUGCCUGAUGGAACUGAUCGUCAUAUCCUACGUCUAUGGCAUCAAGCAAUUCAUGCGAGAUGUUAAACUGAUGAUUGAUUCCAAACCUAAUUGGUACUGGCGGAUAUGCUGGAUGGGUAUUUCACCACUCAUGGUACUGGCACUGCUCAUCUUCAUGAUUGUGGGUGGUAAACCAUUCGGCCUGGGCAAUUAUAUCUUCCCUACUGGAAUUCAAGUGAUGGGUCAGCUUAUCGCUAUUGUCCCAAUUGUCAUGAUUGUCGGCUUUUUCGUCUACAAGUACUGCCGUGAUGGCGGAUGGAUCCUCUUACGCGAGUUUUCGAAGCCCGUAACGGACUGGGGUCCGGCAGAGGACGAGCACCGAACGGAGUUUCUUCAGGGCAUCUGCAAGCGUACCCUGGGCUACGUGCCCUCUGACUUGCGGAUGCCUGGGGACGGCGAUGGCGAGGGGGAGGAAGGCAAAGAAGGUGGGGCCAAUCACCUCAACGUCUCCCAGGUGUGGAGUACUGGUGCCGGUGGAAGUACUACUGCCUUACGCACUGCCGCCUCCUGCCAGGCUCUCCACUCUCUCCUCAACGAGGGCGAGUUUUAUCAGAGCAAGCUCAGCAUCGCUGAGAAGAUGGCUGAACUACAUACUAAAGACCUUGUCAAACAGGGCGUUCCCAUCGAACUUCUCGCUUCGACCGAUCGGUUAAAACUGCUGACAAACUCGGUUGAGGAGUUGCGAGAGCAUGACGAACAGGAUGGAGAGAGCGAGGGUUCCGAUGCCGAGGACAAGGGCGAGGACGUGCCGGAAGGAGAGAAAAAACCCUCUAAAAUGUCCCACCUUCUGCGGCGGAUACAACGCAAGUCUAGCAGCGGUGACAACGACUUGCAAUGA